UGGGCCCACUUCAGGAUGGUCGUGGACGUUUCAGUGGCCCAUAAAGGUAAACCCAAGUGUGGAUUUCCUCAUUCUUUUUCCUCAGAACCCCCCAAAACAGAUGUGACGCACCACCCCAUCUCUGACCAAAGAGUCACCCUGAGGUGUUGGGCCCUGGGCUUCUACCCUGCGGAGAUCACUCUGACCUGGCAGCGGGAUGGGGAGGACCUGACCCAGGACACAGAGCUUGUGGAGACCAGGCCUGCAGGAGAUGGGACCUUCCAGAAGUGGGCAGCAGUGGUGGUGCCUUCUGGACGGGAGCAGAGAUACACGUGCCAUGUGCAGCAUGAAGGGCUGUCCGAGCCCCUCACCUUGAGAUGGCAACCGCCGCCUCAGCCCACCAUCCCCAUCACCUGGAUCAUUGCUGGUGUGGUUCUCCUUGCGGUCACUGUGGCCCUGAUUGGAGCUGGGAUCUGGAAGAUGAAGCGCUCAGGAGGGAAAGGACCAGGCUACUCUCAUGCUGCAGGUGAUGACAGUGCCCAGGGCUCUGAUGUGUCUCUCACGGCUCCUCAAGUGUGAGACCAGCUGCCUUGCGGGGACUGAGUGAUGCAAGAUGUGUUCACACCCCCACUUGGUGACAUCAA